AUGUUGUGUUUCCAUGUGACCGUUUUCGGCAUUAUCUGCGGAAUCGUGUGCACAAGUGCCAAAGGCACUUAUAUACGGGGAAGUAAUGGAUUUUCACCUUGUACUUAUUCAUCAGACCCAAACCGACCUGGAGCCAAUAUACUCAUAUGUGACGAGGAGGCUUGUCGUGAAUUCGGUGAUAGCCUACCAAUCAUUGAUCCGGAAGGAAUACCUCUGUCGAUUAUUCGAAUAAUGGCAAGUCCCCGGCUGACUCGAUGUCCUUCAAAUGCGUUUUUCGCCACACAAUCAAGCACUGGCGGAUCCACCCUACAGACUCUGGAAAUAAGUGGGGCACAUUUGUUUGAAAUCGAACCAAACUGUUUCACUGGUUUGACCCAACUCAUUGAGUUACGUAUUCUCAACGCCAAAGAUGGGGAGAAACAAACGGACGGUAUGAGCUCAAACCUAUUGAAUGAACUCAGAAAGUUGGAGCGUCUGGAAACACUGCAUUUAACCUCAGUAGAUUUGUCCACUGGAAUACCCGACAGAGCAUUCGCACAACUUGGACAUCUCAGAGUUAUCCAGUUCGAACGUAAUAGGUUGACGAAAAUUGGACGAUCCUUCCUACCCGACAAAAACGUUUUGAAAGAACUUCGAUUCGAAGGUCAACCAGAAGGUUGGAAACUCUUGGAAAACUCUGACCAAUGGGCAAGGAAUUUGUGGGCCUUGGAAAGCAUCAGUUUUGCUGGAUCCCAAAUGCAACCGCCUCAGGCAGUAGUGAAAAUGAAUUUUGGAGAACUGGUAAAUCGCAGACUGAGAAAACUGGCUCUGGAUGCCAGUUCGAUUACACACCUUACAUAUGGACAAGAAUUAGACGGAAUCGGCCCCGAAGGUGGUGUAGAUAUCAGUCCACUGGGAAUGAGUCUGAAGGAACUUUCACUUGAUCGAAAUUUAUUUCGAAUUCAAGGACCUAAUGGGACCGCACUGGAUGGAUUACGGACAAUGAGAAAUUUACGGUAUCUCAGUAUAAACCAAAAUGCACGGCAGUUGUAUCAGGUCCCCUCUUGGUUCGGGUCUGGUGGUCAUGGGUUGACGAAAUUGAAAGAAAUACAAGUACGAGAGAGCGGACUGCGUUACAUACCUCUAAAUGCAUUCCCCGCAAGUACAGAGGUGUUGCAGCUGAGUGACAAUGGCCUCAUGUACGUCGAUGAAGGGUGGGCGGAUAACUUGAGACAGUUGAGAGAGUUGUACAUGAACGGCAUGCGACUAGUUGCCGUACAUAUUAGCGGACAUCAGGCAGAUUGGGCAAGAGCAUUUCGAUCACUCACAAACACGUUGGAGUUGCUGAGCAUGCAUGGGUGCCAGUUGCGUUCCGAGGACUUAGAUGCAAACGAUGCCGAGCCAGUGGCUGAUCUAUCGAUGCGUUUCAGGCUCGGAUUAGGGCAAUUAAAAAAGCUCAAGACGCUAAUAUUAAGUAACAACGAACUAACCUAUAUACCAGAUGGCUUAUUUCAGGGUCUUCCAGAGCUGAGAAAUUUGGCACUUGCAGGCAACCAACUAGGCAACACUGAAAGUAGCCAGUCCCUGAGAAGUAGAUGGACGAGGGGUAGGACAAGACCUAGACUGCAACGUAUCGACCUGCGUCGUAACCAGAUCACAACCCUGAAUCGCUGCGAUGAACAACUUGGAUUCGAUAUUCCGCUGGAAAACCUAUUACCCAAACGACCGAUUUGGCUGGCGGGUGAAACCGAGAACAACCGACAGGAAACUGGAACAAACGAUUCAGAUGUCGUGCACACACAGUCAACUGAUUGGCUUGGCGGACUCGCUCUGACUGAGAAUCCUCUCAAUUGUGAUUGUCGCUUAGCUUGGUUAAGACAGUAUGUGAUGCAAGUACGGAACCAGGUGGCACAGAGUCAACCAAACCACAUAUUACCAAAAGGUUAUAAGAUUUAUGAAAAAGAAGCAUUGGAUUUUAUUUGUGCGGAUACUGGGCGGUGGACGCAACGGCAUUUCUUAUCUCUUACUCCCAUGGAUUUGUAUGCCGUAGAACAUGCAAGCUGUAACGAACAACCGGAUAUCUAUGGGGAUUCAUCUACAACAGAAAGCGCCCUCAUUCCGUGUGCUCAGUUAAGACCAUCAAACACAGCGAACAGGACGCGAGUGUACAUGCUUUCGGGAUUCCGCUUCGCCACAGCUGCUAACACAUCUCGGACAGCGUACUCAGAAGAAAUGGAUGAAACCAGUUCACUAGGACUAUCCACCGGAGCAUUUGUAAUUGUGAUUAUUGCCGGUGCACUCUUAUUAUGUUUUGUAUUGUUUACCACGAUUAUAAUUUUAUGGCUAUGUGUGAGAGUCCAACGUCAGGAAAGGUGGCGAAAACACGGAAGUCAGGCAUUAGCAAGCCACAGACAAGAAGGAAUUGGUUGGUGUUGUGGAACGAAUCCCCACAGAAUCCUCAUCCUGUGUGCAUGUUGCUCAAGACAACCCGGCCAUUUAAAAGUCACGACAAGUGAUACAUCUCCCCCAUAUAUACCGGAUAACUGCAGCUUGCAGAGCAAAAUAGGUCAUUCAAGCAUCCAGCGUCCUUCGGUGUACGAUGAGCCCGGUGAUUCUUACUAUUCACGAAUGUCGAACAAUGCAGAUUUGAAUGAGACAGGCGUUUCUGGCGAGGAUGGAGGUGACCAGACGUUGACAUUACAGAACCGGAGAAGGCGACAAAAACUUUCUAACCAAAAGCGAGUACUUGAAUCUGAAAGUGACAGGCCUUUAAAUUCAACGGGCGAAGAACAAAACCAGGACAGGCAACCUGUGAAUGUCCCGCUAUUGAAGCCGAAUACAGCCCAUUCAGGUGCAAGCGAGUGUACGCUCAAAGCAUCAAUUGGUCCGAUGACGGUCGAACAACCGGGAUCGCCACCAGUUCCACUUCCGCCAGUUCCGACACAAAGAAAGACUAGAAGCACCGCUGACCUACGUUAUCAGCUGUCACCUCAUCCCCAAAGAGGAACAUCGAUGGUGAAUGAAUGCAGAUCACAAGAACUACUUAGGUUAGAAAGCGCCCCGAUCGAGGGAUACGGUGCAUCAGAGUACCGUCGAGUGUUGCCAUGGAGGAGUGAGAGUGUGCCUCAUAGUCAGAGGAACCACACAUUUGGAAAGGACCUUCUGUCGAUCAGAUCAAACAGGAGAUUAGUUCCUGUCAGACUGACAAAAUCAACUUGUCCAAAAGUGAUUGCACCAAGUGAAGUAAUAGGCGUCUUUGAGGACAGUAAAUUACGGUUUCAAAGUGGAUGGAGCUGGUUGAAGAAACUUCGGAGAAAGAAGGAGACUAUCGACAUCGAACCUGACAAUGAAGAAAAAUCUUUAAACACACCGUUGGGGGCUGAGACGGAAAACCUUCGGGAGAUGCAGGGACCUGACUUACCUAAGCCGCAAACAUCCACACAAUACAUGGAAGAAGGUUGCAGAGGAAAAGAGGUAGACACUAAAGGAUAUCUUGUCAUGUCACCAGAAGAAGACUAUAUGUCUGAUGAAAGCAACAAACAACGAGAAACCAGUCAACAAACAGUGGAUGAAUACAUCGAACAAGCCACGAAGGUCAACAUCCUUCAAUCAAAAUUAGCCCGUGACAAACUAGGGCGACGCACUUCAAAAUCUGAUAGGAAUCAAAAGCCGAUGUCACGGCACGCGAAACACAGCCACCCAUUGUUGUCAGACAGCGUCUACACAGGAAUAAUGUAUGAUGACUUGCCGCCUCCACCACCCCCACCCCCAAUCGUAUCAUCCGUGGAACUACUGAAUGCGAUAGUAAACAAACCACCCACAAAUGAACCAUUGACGACAAUCUCAAAGGGAUAUGUAAACCAACAGCGUCAGGGUACUGUACAUGGAAACGAGGCUAAUACUAGGAGCCUGACGGCUUCAGCAAGGACUGGUCCCCCUGUGGGCCCGAAGCCGAAAAAUAUCCCUCGUCCACAGAUCGGUCCAGAGAAGUGA